UGUAAAUUUUCAGUUAACAGUCGUGCCGUGCUGAAGACAUACGAAUUUAGCGAUAUAAAGAAGUGCCGCUUCUAAACUGUUGAUACUGGACUAGCGCCUUCAAAUCUUAUUAAGAUAUAAUUUCCACUGGUUUGAGUGUAACGUGAAACUACGCAUCGAAGAGCAGUUUCACCGAAACCUGCUGGACGAGAGGACGGGCACCUGUGAGAAGAAUAGACUGAUUGUCUGCUGAAAGUGUGAUUCUCCGAGUUUUGUGCUCCGGACAGCCGCUAGGACCAUCUCGGAUUUUGGUUGGGACUAUAAUUUCGAAGUUUGACAAUGAAGUGCUUUGUUUUACUAGGCCUACUUGUCGUGGCUUUGGCAGUGGGUGCAUCGGCUCAAUGUCGUUGCGAGACUAUGAAGUGGGCAACGUGUGACGGAACCCCUUGUGAAUGUUUCCUAAUCGUUGGAAAUGGCGAUAAACAAGCUCUGAACUGCACCACACUGAUCCCCAAGUGUUUCCUGAUGAAGGCGGAGAUGUACCGAGCCAGGAAGGGCCUCUCCACCCGCACGAUUGGUGGGAAGCCAAUGGAGACUGCCUUUGUGGAUAACGAUGGGAUCUAUGACCCCGAGUGCGAGUCGAACGGGCUUUUCAAGGCCAAGCAGUGCAACGGCACAGAGGAGUGCUGGUGCGUCAACAGCGCGGGGGUGCGACGCACAGACAAGGCAGACAAGGACCUCAAGUGCGAAGAGCUGGUUGAGACUCAUUGGGUGCGUUUGGAACUGAAACACAAGGAGACGAAAGAUCCUGUGGAUCCCGCCAAACUGAAGGCUGCCAUUGCUGAUGCUAUUGAGGACCGCUACCAGCUGGACAAGAAGUUUGUUUCUGAUAUUCAGUAUGACAAGGAUGCUCGUCUUAUUGUGGUGGAUGUAAAGAAGGAUAUUGGUGACAGGACGGCAGACCUGUCUCGUAUGGCCUACUACAUGGAGAAGGAUAUCAAGGUUCUGCCACUCUUCAAAGAUACUAUGAAAUUUGAGCCUGAUGUUGGUGGCCAGAAGCUGGACCUUGAGAAAAUUCUGGUCUAUUAUGUGGAUGAGAAGGCCCCCACAUUCACCAUGAAGAGACUGACUGGCGGUGUAAUUGCAGUCAUCGUUGUGGUUGUCCUUGCAGUCGUUGCAGGGCUGGUGGUUCUGUUCCUGGCCAGGAGGAGGGAGCAUGCCAAAUAUGAGAAGACACAGGUCCGAGAGCUGGAUGAGAUUCAGCAGGCCCUCUCGUAACUGAAGGAAGAACCCUUGUUCUGGAAUUCACACACCCAGUCACUCAUUCAGGAAGCUGCCUGCACCAUUGUGUGCGGAGAAAUCUCUCUGAAGAAAAUGCUAAGACAAGUUUCCCUCAUGGCUAACAUGCACUUUUCCAGUGUACUGUGGCAUUCCAAAAGUUUAUUCUGAAGGGUUUUUCUUUUUCCGUUUUUUCCCUCUUAUCUUGAAGUGGUUUGUAAUAUGCUGCACUAGUUUUAAAAGCCAGAUUGUUCUGAUGUCAGUUGUAUGCAUUUGCCAUUAAAAUAGUUGAUUUUAAUUUUCUUUUUGUAUGAAGUUUUGGAAAAAUGGCAUCUAAACAUUCUUUUGUAUUUGUUUUAAAUGGUUUGUAAUAAAAUGUCUAAAGAAUA